AUGGUUCCGGCAGUUGUAAAUAUUCGUAAUGCAGUUGUGGCAAGAAACAAUUUAGAAAAAAGAGCUCUUAGUCAGAGAAAAAAGUCUAGAGCACAUAUAUACAGCGUGGGUGACCAUGUUCGCAUCAGUCGGUUGAAAGGCACCUUCGAUAAAGGUUACGAAAAGAAUUGCAGUGAAGAGAUCUUUAAGAUUACCCGUGUCUCACGUCGUCAAAAUCUCUUCAUCUAUGAAUUGACUGAUUUAGAAGGUGAAAUAAUCGACGGAUUUUUUUAUCCCGAAGAACUAGCUCGAGUUGGCGAUGAUCGUUUGUCACAAAAUAAGGAAUUCAAAGUGGAACGUGUGAUCAAGAGUAGGGGACGUGGUGUUAAAAAACAAGUUUUUGAAAAGUGGCUUGGAUAUCCUGAUAAAUUUAAUUCGUGGAUUAAAGCAAGCGAAAUCGUUACACUUUAA